AUGCCCUCUUAUUUUUACCACAUCGCUCUUGAACUCUUCUCGCCGCCCGAUCGCGACACCGACUACAGCUCUACAACCCCGCAAUCGAGCUCGCUUUCCUACGAAUCCGCCCGCGAAGCUCUCCUUCCGUUCCAGCGCCGUAGAGACAACAAGACAACGUCGCGACGAAGCAGGGAAGCAAUAACACUGGAGCCUCUGGAGUCUGGCUCGGCGGAUGUGCAUGGCAAUACAGUCGCGUCAAGGAGGAGUGCUGACGGCCGGGAUCAAUGUCCCUCUUCACCGUCGCUGCCGCUCCGUUUCGCCAAAGAUAAUUUCAGCACCUUUGAAAACGAGCACAUCCAACCAGACCACAGACUAGACCAUAUUUCAAUCCAAAGCAUCGACAUGAUCGCCCCCGACUACGGUCAUCCAAAGCGGGCCGACGAGCACUUUGCGAGAAGCGAUGAGAUAGCAACCGGCAUUGGCACAGACAUUCUCGGUGGACUGCACACAAAAGGAAAAUACGUCCCGCUCGAUCAGACCCUACCGGAUAGCAUAUUCGGAAUCGUCCACUUGUAUCGCGAUGCAAAGGAGACGCCGUCGCUCGCCGUCGAUGACUAUCCAUCCUACCUCAAGGGCUCGUCUGCCGCUCGCCAGCCGCGGGAUCACAAUGGUGGCGAGGAUAGACAGUCGUUCGGCGGCUCGUCUAUGUCGCUGCCUGACGAUGACUGCACGACGCUAUGUAUCCUGGCGGUACCCUCGUACAUGUCACCCUCUGAUUUCCUUGGGUUUGUCGGCGAGGCGACCAGAGACGAAGUUAGCCAUUUUCGAAUGAUCAAGACUGCGAGAGCUAAUCGGUACAUGGUCUUGAUGAAAUUCCGGAAUGGGAAGAAGGCUCGUGACUGGCAAAGGGACUGGAAUGGAAAGGUUUUUAAUAGUAUGGAGCCUGAAACUUGCCAUGCCGUAUUUGUCAAGUCGGUUGAGAUCGAAGCCACGCGGCCAACGCCAAUAUCGAGAAUAUCCGAUGUUUCGAGGCAGUCCUUUUCUUCGACGUCACUUGUAACAAAUCCGGCGAGAUCGUUAGGCGCUGCAGCCACGUCUCCCGGUCCAUCUUCGACUUCACUGUCCACAAGACCUAUUGCUCCUCCCACGCCAUCUCUCGUGGAAUUGCCGACGUGUCCGGUCUGUCUGGAGCGAAUGGACGAGACGACCGGGCUGUUAACUAUUAUCUGCCAACACGUCUUCCAUUGCACGUGUCUCGAAAAAUGGAAAGGAAGCGGAUGUCCAGUCUGCAGGUACACGCUGGACGACUUUGCUCUCCGCAGCCAAGUUGCCAUGGACGGAACAGAGCCCGAGUGCGGCGUAUGUCACUCGGAACUCAACCUAUGGAUCUGCCUGAUAUGCGGGUGCAUUGGAUGCGGCCGAUAUGACGAAGCACACGCCUUCGCCCACUACAAAGAAACCUCGCACGCGUUUGCUAUGGACCUCUCGUCGCAGCGAGUGUGGGACUACGUCAGCGAUUCAUACGUCCACCGAAUAAUCCAGAGCAAAACAGAUGGAAAACUAGUUGAGCUGCCCGCGGCUGACAACUCAGCGCUCGAUCCGCCGGACUGGACGGACGCCGUGCCUCGCGAGAAACUCGAAAACAUGAGCGUCGAAUAUACUCACCUCCUAACGAGCCAACUCGAGAGCCAGCGCGCGUACUUUGAAGAAAUCGUAGAGCGCGCAGCAGACAAAGCCUCCAAAGCGAGCGCCGCCGCAUCCGCAGCCCUAGAAGUCGCCAACGCAGCCACGGAGAAACUUCAAGACCUACAACUCCGCUACGACACCAUAUCCAAGGACAACGUCCCCGGCCUCGAAAAAGAGAAAGACCGCGCAGCCCGACGAGCCGACAAAUUCGAGGCCAUGGCGCGCAAGCUCGAGAAGGAGUGGCGCGAGGAGAAAGCCAUGAACGACAACCUAGUCCAGCGUGUCGAGCUCUUGACGCAAGAAACCACGAAGCUCAAAGCCGAUAACGCCGAUCUGACGGAGCAGAAUCGCGAUUUGACUUUUUUUAUCAGCGGGUCGGAGAAGUUGAAAGAUCAGGGUGAUGAUGUUGUCGAGGGAACGGUUAGUAUACCGGAGAACUCGAAGCGCAAGGGGAAAGGACGGAGGAAGUAG